AUGUCUCAUCAGCUGUACAACGCGCUGAUUCGAACGCACCACAUUACUUCACGCAAGAAAGUUGCCAAACUCAAAGCGGCAGCGUCGAAUUGCAAUGUAUACGCUUUACUGCGCAGUGGCGGCUGCCCUGGCAUCAUGUACUGUCAAGGCGCAGAGACUGGCGUGAGAGACUGGGUUGCCAAUGUCCAAAGAUUACGCUAUAAAGAUUUCCAACUAGUCAAGAAGCCUGCCGAAAACGAAACCGGUGGAAAGGAACCAGAGAGUGGCAUUACGUACGGGAAACUAGAAGAGGUGGAAAGCGUGAAGGAUUUUGGAGCAAAGAUGGAGAACUUAGGCGUCUGGGAAUGGUGGAGAAAAGGUAUGGGCUAUGUGGGAAACGACUAG